AUGGAAGUUGGUAUUGGAAAAUAUGGUGGACUUCAACCUUCUUUUGCAAGAGUCGCUGAAAGUUCUGAAGACGAAAGAGGUUUUUAUGGGACUAUGAUGAAUGGUCUUGGUAAUUGUUUAGGUUUUCUUGGAUCUAUUCCUUGUUGUUUUUGUUUCCCAAAUCCAUAUAAACGCGUACAACAAGGUAGUAUUGGAGUGAUUACUCAAUUUGGACGAUUUCAACGUUUGGUAGAUCCUGGUCUAGUCAAAGUGAAUCCAGUGACAGAAAAGAUCAGAAAAUUAGAUAUUCGAAUCAAUAUUACAGAAAUUCCUCGACAAGAUAUCAUGACCAAAGAUAAUGUUAGUAUUUCUAUUGAAUCAGUAUUAUUUUGGCAUAUUGUGGAUCCUUAUGAAGCUCACUUUGGUGUUAGUGAUGUUCAAUUUGCUUUGGUAGAACGUGCAAGAACAAGUUUACGAGAUAUUUGUGGUAGUCACUUUUUACAAGACUUGAUUGAAAAUAGGGAUGCUAUUUCAGCCGAAAUCAAAGAAAUCAUUGAUCCUGUGGCUAAACAAUGGGGUGUCAAGAUUGAAGCAACUUUAGUCAAGGAUAUUACCUUCUCUCAACAAUUACAAGAAUCAUUGGCAUCAGCUGCUUUGGCUGUUCGACUUGGUGAAUCUCGAGUGAUUGCUUCAAAAGCAGAAGUAGAAGCUGCCAAACUUAUGCGUGAUGCUGCUGAUAUUAUGAACAGUCAAUCAGCCCAACAAAUUCGAUAUUUGGAUACCUUAGUGGCAAUGAGUCGUGCUGGUGAUGGUCCCAAAACUGUAUUUAUGCCAUUACCUGCUUCUGGUGCUGGUGGAGGUGGUGGUGUUGGUGGUGUACCUAGUGUAGUGAAAGAUUGA